AUGUCGAAAGAUAUUGCUUCUAUGAGAGAAAUACAACACAACCGACAACUCAUUAUGCAAGCUCUAAAUAAGAACACAACAAACUUUUCAAACUAUUCUAAGAUAUCUGAGUCAUUGAAAGAAGGAAACUUAAAACUGACAUUAAACCCAAUGACAGAUGAGUUUCUGUUUCAAGACAAUAAGAACCAUACUGUCUGUAUAAAUCCAACAAAAGGAACUUUAAACGAGAAACCUAUAAAAGAACUUCUUUUGAAAGCAGAUAUUGACAACAAAGCUGACAAAGAAUAUGUAGACGAUGAGUUAGCACGUGUGGCUAGUGCGUUAGUGAAGAAGGCAGAUAAGGAAUAUGUGGAUGAAAAAGGUAAUGAAAUUAAAGAAAGGGUUGAAUGGUAUAAUGAAAGGACAACAAAGAUUUUAAAAACUAAAGCCAAUACAGGAUGGGUUUCAGGAUGUUUAGACCUUAAAGCCGACAAAGAAACUGUAGAUAUGUUGGCACAAACGGUUUCAAGUCAUACCAGAGGUUUAAUGGAAGAUGGACAACAGUUGAAAGAGCUUGAGAAAGGUGUUACAGAGUUAAGGAAUACAAAAGCAGACUCGACAUGGAUAAAAGGAUAUGUAGAUGCAACAAAAGAACGUAUUUUCGCAUGGACAGAAGGAACAUACCCACAAAAAUAUCAUAGACAUAGCAUCUCUGACGUAAAUGAACUUGAAGAAAAGUUAUAUAAAAAAGCAGACAAAACAGAGCUUCAAACAUUAAAGACAGAAAUACUUCAUACAGUAUAUCCUAUAGGUUCUAUUUAUACGUCAAUGAACUCUACCAGACCAGAAGUAGUACUUGGUUUUGGAACUUGGACUCAAAUAGUCGACAGGUUUUUGUAUUGUGCAAACUCUUCAAAGGAAACAGGUGGAAGUAAAACGAUUUCAGGUGAAAACCUACCUGCACACAGUCACUACAUAGAUUUAAGUACAUCUCAAGCAGGUUGGCAUAAGCAUAGAUAUUGGGAUUGGUCAGGAAUGAUAAAAGGUAAAGGAUAUGAUGUUAAAGACAACGUUAAGUUUGCUAUAGAUUGUUACUGGAGUAACACUGAGGGAGGAGGAAACCAUACACAUCGCGUUUCAGGGUAUACGCAAACAACGGGACAAAGUAAAGACUAUAUGCCACCUUACAUGACAGUUUACGCAUGGUAUAGAAUUGCUUAG